UCAGCGCGCUCAGGGCGACUGCUGAGCCGGACGGCCGCCGGGCUUGCGGCGAUCCCCGUCAGGUGCCCCACUAGCUCCAAUGAGCCCAGGUCUUGCGGGGCGCAAGCAGCAGGCGGUUCGGGGAAACUUGGGAUUGAGGAUCUGCAGCAGGGGCGUGGAUUUGGCGUCUGCACUGGGCCAGGAGGAUGGAAAUCCUCUAUGAAUGUGGAAGCCAUUAGCAGAGUAAUUGCUGUCUGUUGCCAUGACAACCAGCCGCUGCAGUCACCUGCCCGAAGUCUUGCCAGACUGCACCAGCUCAGCCGCGCCGGUGGUGAAGACUGUGGAGGAUUGUGGCAGCCUGGUGAAUGGGCAGCCACAGUAUGUCAUGCAAGUCUCAGCCAAGGACGGGCAGUUGCUGUCAACCGUAGUGCGGACUCUUGCCACCCAGAGCCCCUUCAAUGACCGGCCGAUGUGCAGGAUCUGCCAUGAGGGCAGCAGCCAAGAGGAUUUGCUCUCUCCAUGUGAAUGUACGGGGACCUUGGGGACAAUCCAUCGGAGCUGCCUGGAGCACUGGCUGUCAUCCUCCAAUACCAGCUACUGUGAGCUCUGCCACUUCAGGUUUGCAGUCGAGCGCAAGCCCAGGCCGUUGGUGGAGUGGCUCAGAAACCCUGGCCCCCAGCACGAGAAGCGGACUCUGUUUGGAGACAUGGUGUGCUUCUUGUUCAUAACGCCCCUGGCCACCAUCUCGGGCUGGCUGUGCCUGCGGGGCGCCGUGGACCACCUGCACUUUAGUAGCCGGCUGGAGGCCGUCGGACUGAUUGCACUCACUGUGGCACUCUUCACUAUUUACCUCUUCUGGACACUAGUGUCAUUUCGGUACCACUGUCGACUGUACAAUGAGUGGCGUCGGACCAAUCAGAGGGUGAUUCUCCUCAUUCCAAAGUCUGUCAACGUGCCCUCUCAUCAGCAGUCCUUGCUGGGGCUCCACUCAGCUAAGAGGAACUCAAAGGAGACCAUUGUUUGAUGGGCGUGGUCAGUCGGUAGACCCACUGUUUGGAAGUUUCUGCACUGGGGGCCCUGCGCUGAGCCACCACCCCGAAGCCCUUCCCUUAGCCUUGUGGGUCUAAGAACAUCUGGAGCCAUGUGACCACAUCGCCUGAGUAACGAACUCGGCCCAGAAGGAAGCAAAUGCCGUUUGACUUCAAAAUCAUGAAUGCUGCACUCAUAUGAUACUUGCUAAGCUGCCAAACACGUCUAUUUAGCAGAUACUGUAUGGGAUUCUCGGAACACCUCUUUACCAUACGAGGAAGGUUGUCCUGCUGCGGAUACAAUUCAAUUCUUCCUUUUUUAUUACUAUUUCAAAUAUAUAUAUAGAUAUAUAAAUAUAUAAUUUAGACGAUAAUCAAAGAAUUUAAAAGCCAAUGUACAAACUGGUUUCUUGGUUUGGAUGGGUUUUAUCUGGGCUGGUUUAUUCUUUUCCCGGUUUCUACUGUGGAUUCUUUGGUGGCUAACUUGAUAGCCAGCGUGGUCUCUCUCAUCUCUUUCAUGUCCCUUACUCAAGGCGACAGUGUAAUUACUGCAGAACAAGUCACAUCUGAAGGGUGUUUUGUACUAAACCUCAUUUAGUUAUUCAGUUUUUAAAGGGAAAAGCAGGCGUGGCAACUCACCACGCCAUGAGCUGUUCAUUUAAAUAUUACUAAGGAGGAAAAUGAAGGCAAGAAGCUCGCGCCUUUCCACUUGUUUGGUACUGACAGCUGACAGAAGCUAUUUUCUAAUAAUAAAUAUCUGGUGUGUGAA